ACUUGACCUUCUUCAAACAGUGGCAAGUGUCAAGAGAUGUUGGAUGAUGGACAGUGAAACUGAACUGCCAUGUUUAUCCAAAAUAAAAAUGUGUUGUUGAAGAUUUGUAUACCGAAGUAAAUUCAUUCAAUGGACUGUGCAAUAUAAUUGAACUGAGAGCCAUCUCAAGAGGACCUGAAAUAUCUGUUAAUUAUUGGGGUUGAAAACCAAUCAUUCAAAGACAUGUUUACACAUACAAGGAAGUGUUUCCAUAUAAAAUCAACUCUGUUCCAAAGAAAUAAUUCCACACAGACAGGACGAAAGAAACUAGUGAUUCUGGGAACAGGAUGGGGUGGUUACAGCUUGCUCCGGAAUAUUGAUAAGAAGAUGUACGAUGUGGUGGUGAUAAGUCCCAGGAACUACUUUUUAUUUACACCAUUACUGGCUAGUACAACUGUCGGAACCUUAGAAUUCAGGUCUAUCAUUGAACCAGUGAGAAAUACACAUUUCCGUCAGACGGGAGACUUCCAUUUGUCAUAUGCUUCCAAAUUAGACAUGGAGAAUAAAGUUCUCCAUUGUGAGAGUGUACUGCAGCCAGGACUUGGGUACAAACUGAAUUACGAUAAUCUGGUGAUUGCAGUGGGGGCUCGCAGCAACACAUUUAAUGUACCAGGAGUGGAGGAUCAUGCUUUUUUCCUCAAGGAUAUACCAGAUGCAAGGAGAAUAAGGAAUAGAAUCAUAAACAACAUAGAGCUCUCACUUCACCCAGGGUUAGAUGAAAGUGACAGGAAGCGGUUACUGAAUUUUGUGAUUGUUGGGGGUGGACCAACAGGGGUGGAGUUUGGUGCUGAACUGUAUGACUGGAUUCAACAGGAUGUAGCCCGAGUUUACCACCAGAGAAAAGACCAGGUACAUGUGACCUUGGUAGAAUCCAAUCAGAUCUUGGGGUCAUUUGAUGAACGGCUCAGGAAUUAUGCUGAAAAGAAAAUUAAAGAAAGAGAUCGAUUUAAACUUGUCAAAUCAUCUGUCACAAGGGUGACAUCAACCUGUGUUAAAUUAAGCAGUGGGGAGGACCUACCAUGUGGUCUGGUUGUAUGGAGCACUGGUUUAUCACCUACCUGGUUUGUCCAAUCACUGGACGUCGAGAAAAACAGAAAUGGACAGAUUCUAACUGAUAAAAGUUUACAUGUGAUAGGAGACCCUAAACACAGCGUGUUUGCUAUGGGUGAUUGUGCAGACAUAAAAGACAACUCACUUCCUUGCAUAGCACAGGUUGCUGAGAAACAAGGGGAAUAUAUAGCAAAAUAUCUGUGUGGAAAAAUAGACAAGGACAAGAACUUUACGUUUCAGAGCCAAGGGAUGUUGGCUUACAUAGGAAAAUACCAGGGUGUUUCUGAUAUUCCAAACCUGAAGAUGCAGGGUGUGACCUCCUGGUUCCUAUGGAGAUCAGCAUACCUGACAAAGCUGGGAAGCUGGAGGCUACGAAUGCAGGUUCCAAUGGAUUGGACAAAAGCUCUUCUAUUUGGCAGGGAUGUCUCAAGAUUUGACUGAGUGAAUGCAGUAUUCUGGCUUUAUUGUCGUUAGACCUUUUUGUUUGGCAAGAUUGUCUCUAUAGAUAAAUUUAGUCUCAAUUUCUCAAUUGUAAAUACAUAUCUGCAAAGAGAUGUGAUAAUUGUAAGAAAAUAUAUGUGUACCCUGUUAUAAAUGAGUAAAUUUCAUGCUUUAUGCUUAUUGUGAACAUUGUGCUCAUUUUCCUCCUGAUUUCACUGCCUUAGGUUAUCCUUACAUUGUACUAGUACUGUGUUAUUGACUAGAUAUUAAAAUAAAGGAUUAAAAAUGCUGAUCUUUCGUCAAAGUACACGUUUACAAAUUCCUUGUGGAUAGGAAGCCGAAAUGCAAAGGGUCUCUACAAACAUUAAUGUUCAGUAUUUGGUAACCAAACUGGUGUACUAGUUUACAUAGGGAAUGCAAAUUCUUCAUUUUUGAUCCAGUCCCAUUGAAAUAUACACGAUUUUAUUGACAAAUAUUUACAUUUCCAAUGUCUUUUUCCGAGAUAAAAUUACAAAUUGUAAAAAUACUUUAUUUCUACAUAAAUCUACUGGUUCAUCGAUAGGCGCGGUUAAAAAAAAAUCACGUGCGGGGCGGGACAAAUAGAGACAGAAGCGAGGCUAUUAGCAUGGGAAUUUGCAGAAUCAGGAGCAUGUAAAUAUAAGGAAUAACUGUCUUAUUUUUUGGAUUCAUGACGAUGAUCAAUC